AUGUUUCUGGUUAUAGUUGAUGCCCAUUCCAAAUGGCCAGAGGUGUUUUGCACUGACUCCUCCACCUCAGCUCAGACGAUAGAGUGUCUCAGAACAACGUUUGCACGCUUUGGAUUGCCGCUGCAGCUAGUAAGUGACAACGCGCAAGCUUUUGUAAGUGACGAGUUUACAAGAUUCAUGUCAGUAAAUGGAAUCAAACACUCAACCUCAGCUCCGUACCACCCUGCCACCAAUGGGCUGGCAGAAUGCUUUGUGCAAACCCUAAAGCAAGGACUCCGUGCAGCAAAACGAGACGAAGGGACUUUGCAAACAAAACUGGCCAAGUUCCUGGUCUCCUCCCGAAACACCCCACAUGCCACGAUAAAUGAAAGCCCAGCCGCACUGGUGUUCGGGAGGCAUCUCCGCACACGACUGGACAUCAUGAAGCCUAACAGGCGUAAUGAAGUGCUGAACAAACAAGCCAAGAUGCUCUCCGGUGGCCGGGAGCGCCAUCUCCAAACAGGACAGGAAGUGAUGGUGCGAGACUACAGAGGAGGAGGGAAAUGGACAAGAGGGACCGUAUAUACACAAACGGGACCCAGAACUUACCAGGUUCAAGUGAGCCCAGACAUAAUGUGGCGGCGUCACAUUAACCAAAUGCAUUCCACAGAAAACAGCACAACAAUCGAGAGAGAACAGGCACAGAGAGCUCCUGAGAGUGACACACAGGGAACUGUAGAGGGCGGUGGAGCAGUAAAGAGACCCCAGGCUGAAAGAAGGGAACGUGUUGAUGAAGGUGCUGCUAUAGCAGAACCUAUAAGGGAGCAAGCACACACUGAGGAUGUUCAGGAGCCUCCAGACAAUCCUAGGCGCUACCCAGAACGAAGGCACCGUCCACCAGACAGACUAGACUUAUAAACAAACAAACAAAAACGAACUGUUCAAGUUCAAAUUAAAAGAUGCAAAAUAACUACAACAAGUUCUGGGAAGUGUUUCAGUUGUGGUUUGGUAAAAGUAACUCUGAUUGUAUAAGAGAGGGAAUGUUAUGUUCUGUUAAUUACUGAUGUCCCCUUUAAGAAUGGAGCAACCUUGGUCAUGCGCAGUGUUGUUCUAUGUAAUUCUGGUACUAACUGAUUCCCGUAAAAUGUGAAGCUCCAGUACCA